AGUUCUCGGCCUGCACAGCGGCCAGCUGUCAGUGAAGAGACUGCCUCGGUGUCGAAUGUUGGUUCUCUAACUUCGUUACGAGCGCGUAGUUUCAUCAAGGAAAACACCGUUGCGACAAGAUGACCAAAGGGUUCGAAGCCAGCUUCCAGAGCCACACGUAUGAGAACAACAACUCACCGUUCUGUAACUUCGACGAUAUGGAUCCGCUCACGAACUACUUCCUGAAGGGCGAUGAAAUGCUGGUCUCGAACAAGCUCGUGGACUUAGAUGACUUCAGCUACGACAUCAAGGCGCAGAGCUGGCGCCAGGCGCACCCGCGCGAGUGGAGCGAGCUGGACUCCAUGACGUGGGUCAUGAGCGCCCUGCAGGCGGAGGACCUCAGGUGCGAGGAUGUGGACAUCAGCCAGUUCCGCAUGCGGGGCGAGGCGCUGUGUGGCCUGGGCCGGCCCGGCUUCCAGCGGCUGGACCGGGCGUGCGGCGACGUGCUGUUCGCGCGCCUGGCCGAGCUGUGCCGAGAAGCCGAGACCCUUGCAGUAGCAGAAACGUUCAUCACGCUGACAACAAGAAACGCGGAGGAGGAUCCUUGGCCGAAGGGCGAAGAGCAAGCAUACCCAAAAUUAGGCACACCAGCCUUUGAUUGUGAAAACGAGAAACUGAUCCUCCCGCAGACGGCCCCAGCUCCGUCGGAGACACGGCCCGCCGGCAAGCCCAAAAGUCAAAGCAGAAGACGAUCAGCCAAGAAGAGCAUGCGCCUGUGGGAGUUCAUCAGGAACAUGCUGCACGACCCCAGGCACUGCCCCAAGAUCAUCCAGUGGGUGGACCACGACAAGGGGCUGUUCAAGUUCGUGCGGAGCGACGAGGUGGCCAAGGUGUGGGCGGAGCACAAGAAGAACCCCAAGAUGAACUAUGAGAAGCUGAGCCGGGCGAUGAGAUACUACUACAAGAGCAAAGUGUUCAUGGCAGUGGAGCAUCAACGACUUGUCUACCGUUUCGGCCCAAACGCUAAAGGCUGGCAGACUGAAAACCCAAACUUUGAGAAACCCAUUGCCAAAUUAUGAGUUUGGAAUCCUCCUGUGCAUCUGAAAGGAAACAAAGUGUACACCUGUUAUAAGCUUUGAAGGAUAGAAUUUUUCAAAGUUCAAAGAAACGUGUUCAAUGUGAAAUAAGAAGCUUGGAAGAAUUGGGAAUGAUUCCAUGAGGUGUCUGAUCAGGAAGAAGACCGUAAUGAAAUUGUGAAUGUGUACAGAAUGAGAUGUACUGUUCGGAAGAAAUACACAACAAAACAUUGAAAAUGUGCAGUACAAUUCCAGUCAUAAAACUUUCAUGAUCAUGAGUUUUUUUUUACAGUAUUUUGUUUUAUGUCUGUGAUAUUAAAGUUUAUUGGACACCUAUUUUCCUCUGUCGUAAUUUGUUUGUAAAUGAUAUGAUAAGACUUGCAUGUAAAAAUUGUGUUUGUUUUUUUGUCAAGUAUUAUUCAGGGCAGUGAAAUAGUUAUUAUAUAAAAAUUGCCAAGUUUCGUUUUAUAACUAUGUUCUUUGUGAAGAUAACUUAAAAUUGUUGGUCAGAACAUUGGUUCACAAUUUUUAAAUUAUUUUAUUAAGAAUGAAGGAAUAAAACAUUUUGAAUAAUAUUAUAAUGGCCAAAUCAGCCGAUGAAGUGUGUGGAUGAACAUAUUGAAACACAUGCAGUCAAAAUGUGUUGAAAAUUUUUUACUGUGAGAUGUAUUAUAAAAAAUUUUUAAAGUUUAUUGUUAGACAAAGAUUUUAUGAUUUAUUUUUAUUUUGAUUUCAUAUAUAAAACAUCAGAUUUUGGUGGUAUUAUUUUAUUUUUGUAAAAUAAGUUUUGUAAUACAGUAGAGUCCCGCUAAUCCGAACUAAUUGGGACCGAACCCUGUUCGGAUUAGCGAAAAUUCGGAUUAGGCGGAAUUUUCUUAUAUAAUGCCAUUUAUGGUCUUUAUGAGACGUGGGCUAUUUAACAUCUGAUGUGUCAAAUAUUAAAGAUCAGACACAAAACACACCUUUAUUAUUUAGCAUAAUAUAAAUAUGUAAAUAUUUAAGUACUAUGUACGUAAUCAUAUUUUUUUUCUUUUUAGUUGAAGGAGAAAUAGAUAAAUCAUAAUUUUCUUAUGUACAUAUUAAUAAACGUAAGACAUUACUUGAAAAAGAACUUGUUUUUCUUUGCUUUCCAAGGUUCAUAAUUGUUAUAAAAAUAUUACUUUUUUCGUCCUAGCCCUGUUCGGAUUAGGCGGAUUUUCGGAUUAGCGGGGUUCGGAUUAGCGGGACUCUACUGUACUUACUCCACCAAAAUAUUGGUAAAAUUUACAUACUGCAUUUUAUGAUAAAAUAAUUUGUAGUAAAUUGGUCUAAAACCACAUUAAAAUUAAUUAGCGAGCAUUUGGGGUUUAAAAGUGUCUGGAAAUGACAUUCCUUGAAUAUCAGACAGUCAAAGAUUGCUUUUUUUUUUUAUUAUUAUUAUUUGUAUUUGGAUUAAGUUUAGGUGAAAUACUUGCACUUCUGUCUUUAUGCUGUGCUUUUACACGCUUUUCGGGUUUAUUGCAAUUGACCAUGUAAUACUGUCCCUAUGUAUUGUGUUAAAAGUUAUAAACAUACAUUCUUUUCUCUUUUCGAGAUGAAAACUGAUCCUACCAAAGGUUUCGGACUAGGAGUUAGUUUUUUUUACUUUACCUACAUUUAGUACUGGGCACGCACUAUUUCCUCACUGCUCUAAUGCGAUAGGACUGCAUUUCAGCUUUGAAAAAAAAAUAUAUAUUUAUAAGUUAAACAUUAGUUUACUUCACAAAUAAUACUAACUAUAACUGUCCAGAACCCAAUAUUUUAAAAUUUUAUUCAUAAAGGUUGCAUUUGAAUACUUAUCGGCACUAAAAGUUUAUUGCGUUUACAGUCAAACCUCAAUAAUACGAACUUGAAGGGAUAUUAUUUUGUCUCUUUGCAAACCAAACUGUUACAAAAUUUAAUCACAAUUUUUACAUACUUUAAAAAUCAAAUUCAAAUAAGUUAAAAAAAAAUUUUUCUCAUUUAUUACAUGCACAACACCUAUAAAAUAUAUAAUAUACUCCAAGGAAACUUGCACACAAUAUUAUACAACACCAAAUACAUAAAAAAAAUUUAGGGAUUGCAAAAUACAGUUCUGGAAUGGCUAUUCCUGUGGCUCAAAAAAAUAACUUUACUAUACUCCUUUUCAAAGGAUUAAAGAAGAAUAAAAGUUAUAGAAACUACCUACAAAAAUACAUAAAUAUGUACCAUCAUUUUGGAAGAAUGUUGGAUCUCAAAGUUUUUUCCCCCCCAAUGGCAACAGUAUUAUUUUAUUUUAAACCCCACCUUGUUUCUUUACAUUAUUCUGGAGUAUUUGCAUUAAUCAUUUAUACUAAAUGUAAUUGUUAACCUUGGAACAAAAACAAUGUUGUGGUGCAUAAUAACCAUUCUUUUGUAUAAAACAUAUGACUUAACACUUCAACUCCUACGUAAUCUCUAGGGACCGAAAAAAAAAUUUGUAAUGAUAGUUUUGUAUUAAAAGGGGUUUUAUUAAUGAGGUUUCACUGUAUUUGAGUUUUAGUGUGAAUUGAUAGCGUUUAUGUCAUACCUUUUACAUUUAAUUCACAUGUGUUAAAUUGCUUAUUUCCCCAGCUGUCAAGGAAUUGCAAUGUAAUUACCUAGUAGUUAUGAUUUGACAAGAGUUGUUGCAUUUAAUCAAAAACCAAACUGAUGUUAGAGGUUACAUCUUCCAGUGAGUUUUUUAUAUAUGUAUGUUGUGUGUUUUGUUUUCCUAUAGUUCAUCACCAGUGUUGUAAUUACAGAGUGUUUUUUGUUAGUAAAAUAUUUAUUUUAUCGGAGAUGUGUACUUAAUUUUCAGUGCACAAUUGGUCAUACGUAAUCCGUAAUCCUACAAAGGUGUGUCUAUUAAUAACAUGUUGAAUUCAUGUUAAUGUAAAUGUACUGUAACUUUUUUUACAUUGUUAAUCAUUUAAAAGUUUUAAAAUGUACCAGUAAAAACUAAAGUAUGGAUGUCAUGAUCACAAUGUACUGUUGUGAAAACUGUGUUGUGUGUUUUGUUUAUACGAGAUAUAUAAUUUGUUAAAUAAACAAACAAACUGCAUUCUCUAGUCA